UUUCCUCAGCUUAACAACGUAGAAAAGGCCGUGGCGGCAACACACACCUUCCUGAAGAAGAACCCGAAGGAUCCACAUCUGCGCAAGAACAUGGACUACUACAAGACCAUAUUUGAUGUUGACGAGUACCUCAUCGACCACGGACAGCCGUAUGAAAGUGUGUUCCUGAAAAGUGUGACGCUCUACAACAACGGAGACUUCAGCAGCAGCGCCCGAAACAUGGAACAGGCCAUCACGCAGUAUUUUGAGAUCUACGACCUGUGUUUGGCAGGCUGUGAGGGCUCGUACGAGAUCUUGUAUAAAGACUUUUAUCCAACGUUAGCAGAUUUGUACAUUAAUGUGCUUAAAUGCAAGGUCAAAUGUGAAGAUGAGCUAACACCCAGCGUCGGAGGCUUCUUUGUGGAGAAGUUUGUAGCCACCAUGUAUCACUACCUCCAGUUCUCUCUCCUACUAUAAAUUGAAUGAUGUAAAAACGCUGCUCCGUGUGCGGCGAGCUACAUGCUUUUCGACUCCAAGGACCAAGUGAUGCAACAAAAUGUAGUGUACUACCGCUUCUACCGGGAGCAGUGGGGGCUGGAGGACAACGACUUCCAGCCUCGUCCUGAGGCUCUGAGGUAUUUUAACCAAACAACCAAACAGAAGGAGAUGCUGGAGUUUGCACUGAACUAUCUACAAACAGAUGAUGAGGUAUGUUACUGACGUGGAUCUG